AGCAAGACAGCUGUCAGUACUUUUUCUUGUUUAUUCGUUUUCCAUGAUGGUGAAGAAUGAUAAAGAGGAAGACUACAAAAGAAAGACUUAACUGGAGUCAACACCCAUUGCAAUAUAAGUAUUGCAAUUAUAGUGUCUGCUGCUCUGGUCUUUGUUGGAAAAAAAGAAGAAGAAGAAGAAGAAAAUGGCGAACGUAGCAGUGGAAUUUCUUGUGGAGAACUUGAUGCAGCUGCUGCGGGACAACGCUGAUUUGAUUCUUGGAGUUAAGGAGGCUGCUGAGAGUCUGCUUCAAGAUCUGAAUGAUUUCAACGCCUUCCUUAAGCAAGCUGCCAAGUGCCGCAACGAGAACGACGUUCUCAAAGAACUUGUCAAAAAAAUCAGAACUGUGGUUUACUCAGCUGAAGAUGCUAUUGAUAAGUUUGUGAUUGAGGCUAAGCUUCACAAGGAUAAGGGAGUAACUAGGGUAUUAGACCUUCCCCAUUAUAAAAGAGUCAGGGAAGUAGCUGGAGAGAUCAAAGCUAUACGAAACAAAGUCAAAGAGAUCCGACAGAAUAAUGCCAUUGGCCUUCAGGCCCUUCAAGAUGAUGAUUUAUCUGCCAGAGGUUUCGAAGAAAGAAAGCCUCCAGUGGUAGAGGAAGAUGAUGUGGUUGGAUUUGACGAAGAAGCAGAUAACGUAAUCAAACGCCUUCUUGAAGAAUCAAAUCGCCUGGAAGUUGUUCCAGUUGUUGGUAUGCCUGGUCUCGGCAAAACGACCCUAGCAAAUAAAAUUUACAAGCAUCCUACAAUCGGGUACGAAUUUUUUACUCGUAUUUGGGUUUAUGUGUCUCAAUCAUACAGGAGAAGAGAAUUAUUUCUCAACAUCAUCAGCAAAUUCACUCGAAAUACCAAACAAUAUCAUGGCUUGUGUGAGGAGGAUUUGGCUGAUGUAAUACAAGAAUUCUUGGGAAAGGGAGGAAAAUACUUGGUGGUUUUGGAUGAUGUAUGGUCCGAUGAAGCUUGGGAACGUAUCAAAAUAGCUUUCCCAAAUAACAACAAACCCAAUCGAGUAUUGUUGACCACUCGAGAUUCCAAAGUCGCUAAACAAUGCACUCCCAUACCUCAUGAUUUAAAAUUUCUGACUGCAGAUGAAAGUUGGAUUUUACUGGAGAAGAAGGUUUUCCACAAGGAUAAAUGUCCUCCUGAAUUGGAACUCUCUGGACAGAGCAUAGCAAAGAAAUGUAAGGGACUACCCCUUGCUAUUGUUGUUAUUGCAGGAGCUCUAAUAGGGAAAGGCAAGACAUCAAGAGAGUGGAAACAAGUGGAUGAGAGUGUGACUGAACACCUCAUAAAUAGAGACCAACCCGAGAAUUGUAACAAACUGGUGCAGAUGAGUUACGAUCGUUUGCCUUAUGACUUGAAAGCAUGCUUUUUAUAUUGUGGUGCAUUCCCUGGAGGCUUUCAAAUCCCUGCUUGGAAGUUAAUCCGUCUGUGGAUUGCGGAAGGAUUCAUACAGUACAAAGGCCACUUAUCUCUUGAGUGUAAAGGAGAGGACAACUUGAAUGAUCUCAUCAACAGGAAUCUAGUGAUGGUAAUGGAAAGAACGUCUGAUGGUCAAAUCAAAACAUGUCGUCUUCAUGACAUGUUGCACGAGUUUUGCAGGCAAGAAGCUAUGAAGGAAGAAAAUCUUUUCCAUGAAAUAAAGCUAGGAUCUGAGCAAUAUUUUCCUGGAAAACGAGAACUAUCCACCUACCGUCGCUUGUGCAUUCAUUCCUCAGUUUUGGAUUUUGUCUCUACAAAACCCUCAGGUGAACAUGUCAGGUCAUUCUUAUCUUUUUCUUCAAAAAAGAUUGAGAUGCCAUCUGCCGACAUCCCAACCAUACCAAAAGGCUUUCCGUUGCUAAGGGUCUUGGAUGUAGAAUCCAUCAACUUCAGUCGCUUUUCCAAGGAGUUUUACCAGUUAUAUCAUUUGAGGUAUGUUGCUUUCUCAUCUGACUCAAUCAAGAUUCUUCCUAAACUCAUGGGAGAACUUUGGAACAUCCAAACAAUCAUAAUUAACACGCAACAACACACUCUUGAUAUUCAAGCAAACAUAUGGAAUAUGGAAAGACUAAGGCAUCUGCACACUAACUCUUCUGCUAAAUUGCCUGUGCCUGUUGCUCCAAAAAAUAGUAAAGUUACUUUGGUAAAUCAAAGUCUGCAAACUCUCUCCACAAUUGCUCCUGAAAGCUGCACUGAAGAAGUGUUUGCAAGGACUCCAAACCUGAAAAAGCUGGGCAUCCGUGGGAAAAUAGCUGUGCUUCUUGAUAAUAAGUCUGCUGCAUCGUUAAAAAAUGUUAAGAGGCUAGAAUACCUUGAAAACUUGAAGCUGAUAAAUGAUAGUAUUCAAACAGGAAAGUUACGCCUUCCACCUGCAUAUAUAUUUCCAACAAAGUUGAGGAAGCUGACUUUAUUAGACACCUGGUUGGAGUGGAAAGAUAUGUCUAUAUUGGGUCAGUUGGAACACCUUGAAUUCCUGAAGAUAAAAGAAAAUGGGUUUACGGGAGAGUGCUGGGAGUCUGCUGGUGGUUUUUGUUCCCUACUGGUGUUGUGGAUUGAAAGGACAAACAUAGUUUCUUGGAAAGCAUCAGCUGAUGAUUUUCCAAGACUUAAGCAUCUUGGUCUCAUCGCCUGUGAAAAACUCAAGCAAAUCCCCAUUGGCCUAGCUGAUAUACGCAGCUUCCAAGUGAUGGAGUUGCAAAAUUCCACCAAAACAGCAGCAAUAUCUGCACGGGAAAUACAAUCCAAAAAAGACAAGAAAACUCAAGAAGGGACUAAAACCAUUGGGUUCAAGCUUUCCAUAUUCCCUCCUGAUCUCUGAUUGCAAUAGGAUGUGCAGUGUUUCUUGACAGGUCCUCAAUGAACUCGAAGAAAUCCUGCUCUUGAUAACGAUCCCAAGUGUUUUGAUAAUUUUGAGUCCAUGUCUGUCUUUCAUGGUUGUUGUCUUCUUGAUUGUGGCCAUAGCUUGUAUGUUCUUCAUUUGUAAUAUGUUAAUCUGCAAGAAAGAUGUAUUUUGCACUUGCAAUAAGAAUUGAUCUAGUGUGUAGUAUUUGGCUUCA